AUGGCAAGCGUAACCGUAAUCUCAAUUGGCGCCAUGGGGCUUGGCAUUGCAAAAGUACUACAGACGCAAGGCCACAAAGUGUUGACCAGUCUUCAGGGCCGCAGCGAAGCAACUCGUCGUCGCGCUCAGUCCGCAAAUAUCACACCGCUCGAGAAUGAUGCUACUGUUAUAUCCCAAUCUGAUUACGUCCUCUCCAUCUUGCCGCCCGCAGACGCCCUUUCCACCGCUCAACGUCUCGUAUCAGCGUAUGCAUCAGACCCCAGUCUGCGCGCUGGCAAGUCUCAUCCACUGUACUAUCUCGAUCUGAACGCUAUUUCGCCACACACCGCUCGAAGCAUCGCAUCCAUCUUCAACAAAGAAGCACCCGAUAUAGUAUUCAUUGACGGUGGCAUCAUCGGCAACCCACCAACUCCCCCGGCUGACGGCAGUCUCGUAGACGCAAACGUCUGGAAGCGUCCUAGCAUACCUCUUUCGGGACCCCCUCUCACCAGUGCCCCGGUCCACGGUGACUCUCUUGCUAUGGCUCUUAAUACGACGUACCUCGGCGAUGCGAUCGGCACAGCCAGUACCCUGAAGCUCACCUUUGCGACAUUGACGAAGGGCUUCACUGCGCUUGCGUUGCAGAGCUAUACGACUGCGUCUCGUGCUGGCGUGUUGCCUGAGUUGCAGAGGCAUUUGGAUGACUAUGUACCUGGAGUGAGGGAUAGGGCUGAAAGGGGAAUUGUCGGGUGUACGAGCAAGGCAGGGAGGUGGGUGGGUGAAAUGGAGGAGAUUGGGAAGGCGCAUGCGGAGGAAGGGGGUUGGGGAGAUAGGGCAAGGGUGUUUGGAGAGAUUGCGAGGGUCUUUGAGGGAGUUUCUGAGGUGGAUGGAGCGGGGGGACUGAAGAGUGCAGAAGAGGUUGCUGUGGCAUUGGGGCAGGUAUUGAAGGAAUGA